AUGAAUCGGUCAUGGGAGCCCCAGCAUCAGCCUGCAAGACAAUGAAGCCUAUUCACAUGGGCGUCCACUCCCAGCCACAUCCUGCCCCCUAUGAGUUGCUGGUGUGGGCACACUCCUUCACCAACGGAUGGCCGAUUACUGUGCAGGUUUUGGGGCCGGAGUACCGAGGCCUGCUGUUGGAGGCUCGCAUGUUUGGCUCCACUGCUGCACUUGGCACUUGGCAGAGCCCCCCUAAUAAUACCCGGUUCUUACAGUGCUCUGGGAACCCACAAGGAGCAGUCACUCAUUCUAACAUGGAAUUAAAAACAAGCCUGGCCACAUACACUUGGCUGCCCCCGAGCUCAGGCUGCCCUCCAUUCAUUGCAUUCAUAGCAACUGUGGCACACUCUCGUGAAACCUAUUGGCUCAAUAUCAAAUCCAAAAUACUAUGGAGAGAUCCUACAGCAACAUGUGGCACUGAGAAGUUUACAUGGACAGCUACCACUGUGAUAGUGUUACUUUUCCACCUGCUGCUUUUGCUUAGCUGCAUUUAGUAACCCGUGAAAAUUAAGAGUAUAUCUACAACAGUUAAGGACUGUCACUGUUAUUGGUAGCUAAUUUUAAUUGCAUCUAUAAUAAAUACAAUUUUUAAGGCCUCAGCUACAUGUAAAAGUUGUACCACAGCUCUAGAAUCUCCUGCUGUGGACUUGUUUAACUUUCUCCAUGUUCUCCCUAGGAACAGCAUAGUGCUAUGUGAAAGAAUGUUAUAUCAGCAUAACUGCAUCCACACUAGGUGCUGUACCAGUAUAACUGUGUUGGUUAAACCCACCACCAAAAUAAUUAUAACAAUAAAUAACCAGCGUGUAAACUAGAUCUAUGAUUAAGGUUGAGUGGUAAAAAGCCCUAGUGAAAAUUUCCAAGCAUCCAGGAAUCAGGCUUGCUAAGACAAAAUCAAUAGAGUGAUUUUUAACUUCAUUCUAACCGAGAAUAAUAAAUGUUACAAGAUCACCACUUUCUGUCUGUGAGCAGAAUGUGUGUGUCUGAGCAGAUGAAUGCUAAGAGUAUCACUACACUGCUGUAUGCUUUUUUGUUUAAAAUAAGGGGGUGGAUACAAGACAUGUUAGAGAUGUAAUGCAAAAAGAUACCUGUUGCAAUAAGACAAAUAAACAUCAGUUGUAUUGCCUAGAUCGGGGUCACCAACCCCUGGCGCAUGUGCCAGAGCAUGGUAUGCGAGGCCAUUUUGUUGGGCAUACCACAGCCAGCCCAGGCUCUGUGCAGCUGCAGCUGACCAUGGAGCCUGGGCUGCUUGCAGCCAGGAGGCUGUGAACAGCUGCACUGGGCUCUGGAGCCCUGGGCAGCCUCUGUGGCGGGUGCACACACACCUCAAGGUAGAUAGUGGGGGAGGGGCCUGGGGCAGCACAAUCCUGGCCCUUCCACCACUAGGGAUGGUGCCCUGCAACCCAGUGCAGUUGUCUGUAGCCUGCCCACCAGCUGCUGCAGCUGCCUUGAGCCUAGAGCUCUGCCACUCGCCUGGAGGCGCAUGUACACCAGCCACUGCCAUGUAGCCCAAUGCAGCUGGUUGCAGCCCUUCUCCGGCCUGGACUCUGGGCAGCUGCAGUAGGCAGCGGGCAGUUUGCAAACAGCCAUGCUGUGCUCCUGAGCACCGGCACUGGCUCCAUGCUGAUGGCAACUGCAUACAUACCUAGGGGCACAGGGUGGGGAAGGGGCCAGGGCAUUGUAACCUUGGCCCCUCCUCUGCUGUCUGCCUGAAGGUACACACACAGCUACCGCCAGCAAUAAGGAUUGGGCCCCUCGUGGCUCCCCCAUAGUCUGCCCCUGGCACGCCACUCAAGGCACGGGUCUGGGGUGGGGUGUUUUUGGCAUUGUGGCCAAAGACGCUGCUGCCCCCUGACCUAGACUGUGCUAUACUCCCACUUUUGUUCCUCAGUUUUGUGCAGGCUAGUAAUACAUUCACAUUAGUAAGUAAGCUUAUACUCCAGAAUUUCUCAGAGGUGUAAUCAUUUCAUUUAUUCAACUAAAACAAGCAAUGCCUUCACUGCUGCAGGAUGCAUUCACUCCAACUUCUCCUGUUCAAUAUGGAGGACCUACAAUUGCUUAGAUUGUACUUGGUGAUGAAUGUACAAAUCAGAAGCCGAUAU